AUGCCGCCGCCUUCUGCUCCUAUCCCCGAGUUGGGGGAAUUCAUCAUUGCAAAUAAAGACAAACUAAGGAAGAAGGAUUCCGAGGCAGAAAUGAACAAGUUGCUGACGGCUAUAAAACUCGCAGCUAAAGUAGUAAACAGGGAAAUCAACAUGGCGGGCCUCGUAGAUAUCUUGGGGGCUGCAGGCAACCAAAACGUUCAGGGAGAAGACCAGCAAAAACUGGAUGUUUUUGCCAACCGAAAAUUCAUCCAGGCCCUGGUGAAUAGAGAAGUCGUUUGCGGGAUUUGCACAGAAGAGGACGAUGACUUCAUUCCUGUGAAUCCAAACUGUCAUCUUGUGCUGCUCAUGGACCCCCUAGACGGCUUUGGUGAAUAG